AACACUGGUUAAAAUGAAGAUAAAAGGAAUCAAAUAGCUAUCAUCGCGUUACAAAUUGAACAUGGCGAAGUCAGUAAUGUGUGUUGUUCAUAUUUUAGUGGAUACAAAAGGAUCUUUAUUGACAUUACCUUAGGAUUAGUGGGAUUUCCGUUUUAUUCGUAGGCGCAAAUUAAGUUUAUUAAAUAUAAUUUUAGUGUUGUUUUUAUUUGUUGUGUUGCAAAAAUGGAUGUAAAUAACAUAUCAGAAUUAAAAGAUGGCGAUUCAACCAGAGCUCUUGUGAGAGUAGAAGCGCCAUCUGUAUUAAAAGUGUCAAACCACAAAGUCGAUGGAAAUGUAAAAAAAAAGAGAAGACGCGGGAAAACCAAACGGAAAGUGUUAAAACCAUUUUUGAAAAUGUCUUGGCAGGAAAGAAGGAUGAUUGACAACAGCAAAAGGAAUAAUCGUUUCAGAAAAAUUGUUUUAUCAAAAACUCAGGCCCCUUUUAACAACAAUCAAUUUUUAAUGGAAAUUCAUAAACCAGAACCGGAAAACAAUUUCAACCUAUUCAGAACCCCGUCGGCUCGUACCAGAGAUUCUAGUUUUAGUGUAGAUUCUGAAGAAAAUUAUUUUUUUUCACUCCCGGAGGACGAAGAAGAGUAUUUGACGAAAGAAUUUUCUAGUGUUUACGAAGAUGCGCAAUGUGAACGUCUGUCAAACAUGUCCAAAAAUGAACUUGUUCAAGAGUAUCUUCUUCUCGAGGCUAAAUAUGAUAAUCUCAUUAAGAGAAGUGAGCGAAACAAAAUAAAAGACACCGAAGACGACAAAGAUGCGUCAAUAGCAGAUAAAGAUGUGUCAGGUGCAGAUAAAAGCAGUAUGUCCACGGAUCGGGAUACUUCUGGUACUUCUAUUAAUGCUGGCUCAAUAGACGAGCCCUCUUUCUAUGACAUCAUGCUACGACUAAAAGAUCAAGAAGAAAAAAUACGCGAGCUUCAGCUAGCCAAUGAGAAACUUCUACUAGAAAACAGUCGCUUAAGACAAAGGAAUCAAGGAUCGAGUGAAGAUUCAGAAAGUGAUAGCUCAUCUACUUCGGACAGUUGCAGCAACUCAAGUUGCAGUUCAAGCCCUGAACAUGAAAAUGUGUUAGUGAAUGGUGAUGCUAUAGCAAAUGGAAACCACAUUUUGAAUGGAGUUGAUGAUGAUGUUGUGAAUGGCACUGAGCCUGUGCAGCCUCUCGUUAAUGGUUUUCAUAGUCCAAGUGAUUAAAUUGUAUGAAAUAAACUAUACAGUGACAUACACAAAAUAAUAUACAAGACAUUUUUAUAGUUUUCUUGCCUGUGCUGUUUCCAUUAAAGUUAAUUUAUUCAUUUAUUAAUUUUAAGGCUGUAGUAACAAUGUAAAUGUGAGAUCUCAUUUUAAAUUAAUAAACUUUCUGUGAUAUCCGCACGGAUACUUGUUUUUGAAAAAUAUUUGUUUGAAAUUGUAAAGUAACAUACAACUAUUGCAUGAGACAAAUUAUUUUUGACGAUUUAUAAUGACAAUGUUGAUUCAAGAUUUUUAUUUAUUAAAAUUAAAAAUAAUUUUGAUGACUGUUAAAAAAAGGCAACACUUAUUUUUUGUGUGUUACAUUAAUUUCAAAUAUGUGAAAAAACACAUUUAUAUAACAGGAUCAGGAUCUCACUUUUAUAUUUUACAGUGUUACAAUAAUAUGAAAUGUUUACAGUAAUUUUUAAUGGUCUAAAUGUUUUAUACUGUUAUGUUUUACAAUGUGAUAAGUUAAUUGUGUCAAGUAGCAAUAUAAAAUAGUGUGUUAUUUGGAUUAAAGAAUUUAUUAUUAUAGGUGGUUAUUGCAAUUUCAAACACAAAAAUCUGCUUUCAUAGUUGUAAUAAUAAAAUAUAGUAUAAAACUAUUUCUUAAGUAUACUUAUAUGCACAAAUAAAGCUUGAUAAUAUAUAA